AUGGAUGUGACCUUUCUGCACGCCGUUGACAGAAAUAUCAUCAGAUCCACAGCCAACGCUGCGAACGAGUCGGAAUUUGAAAUCUUCACGGAGAAUGCUGAGCCACUUCUCGUAGUGGCGACUGAAGAAGGCGAUGAUGACGACUUCGUUGUUUUUGAAGACCACACGGCCACGGCACCUGACGCAUCUAGAUCACUCGCCGCUAUUGGACAUCCCCUUCAGAAAGCCGAUAGCGCAGAUUCUGCAGUAGAUUCCGAUGAGGAUGUAUCCAGAAGCAGUGAAGUGGCCCUCAACAUAAGUGCUGGUGAUAACGCGUUGGCACCGCACAUGUCCAGUGUGUUAAGAAGCAAACGAGGAUCGAAUCUAAGUCUCAUUCUCGAGACCAGUCGGGACGGAGACAAUGCUAUGGAAAUGCACACUCCUGCGCCUGUCCAGGAAAGCGCCAUCACAGCAGCGGCAGAAUCAACUUCAUUGGUAGAUGAGCCCCUUGCGAAGACGGAGGUAACCCUGCUCAGCAUCGAUGCGGACAGUGAUAUACUGCGCAAUCCGGUCUCGGAUGAAAGUCUGCUUUUUAUGAAUGAACACGUGCUAGGACAUGUCCAAGGGUUCGUUGGAUACCACCAAUCCUCCGAGUCCUUGGCGAUACCCUUCGACUUCCAGGUGCCUGGCUCCUUCACAUUGGCCAACGGGGACACAGUCUUCAUUCAAACGGUGCUAAAACCGGGUCGAGAAAAGGCCGACCCUUCCAUGUUUCUACUGGUCACGCCAGACGAUGAAGACGCGCCCGAUAUCACUGCAAUGCUGGACGACUGUUCGCAAAGCUGUGGGCUCUCGGUGUCGCCAUCACCGUCAACAUGGGAAUUCUAUCUAUCACGGACAUUUUAUUCCAGAUUUGAAACGUCUCCACAACAGAGUGGAUACAAGGCGAUCCCUUGGAUGACAACCUAUCACGUAUAUCGCAACGCGCAUAUGUACACGACCGCCCACUCUGAUUACUGUACAAUCCAGGACCUUAUCAACUCCACUCACUCCACCGGUGAGCCCUUGGAAGAAGCCAUGGUUCUCUUCUACACGAUCGAGCUUCUCAAAGCCGUACAAAUCUUGCAUUCCAACCAAAUUGUCAUCAAUGGAUUCUGCUCGGAUAAAAUACUUCUCCGCCACGGAAACAUGAUGUCACUUAGCGAUGUUUGGGAUGCCGAUGGUUCGGGAGGAUGGGAAGACCAUGGGCUUUUUCUGGAGGACCUCAGCAAAGGUAUCGAUAUGAAUCUUUUCUCCAACGGCACAAAAUUCACCGGGCCGAUGCCACGCUGGGGAUCAAUCCCCAACCGAGAGGAGUGGUCGUACGAGGUCGACAUGUUCGAUGUGGCCAAUACCAUUCACAAACUGAUGCAUGGGUCCGGCCUGGCCCUGAAGAAUGUAGGCAAGCAAUGGAUGCCGUCUACAGUUGUUCCGAGUACAUGGCGCGUUGAACUUUGGAAUAGUGUGCUUCGAGAUCUCAUCAAUUUCGAGGAUGGUGCUGGGAAAUCAAGUGCUCAAGCGGUGCAAUGCUUACGGAUUGAUUUGGAGUCUGUCUUACAGAGCGAUGAAGAUCUGAGUCGGCGCAUCAAGAAACUAUUACUAAGGCAAUCGAUAACCCUGUACAACAACAAGUAAGAUAUUGCCCUCAGUCGAUCUCAACCCAUUGUCCCAGAGAUCUGGAAAAUAACGCAUCAAUGGAUGAACUAAAUACAUGUACCAGUGUGAUGUACGUAUAACCCCCGACUUGAAGUAAAAGAAUGUACUAAAACAACAAUUUAGAAAUAUAAUUUAGGGUAAACACACCCCAACUAUGCUAUUAAACAACGAC